AUGGAGGUCACACGCGUGGCGUCCACAUCGCGCGGCGCGAGUACCUCAAGUGGCCCACACGAACCGCCCUCGAAGCGUCGCAAGCCCGACAUGCUCGCACCCUCAUCACCCUCCAAGUCGCGCGACCUCCUCCACCAAAAGUUCCACGGCCGCACCGCCAGCUCCAUCGCCACCAGCAUCGAAGAGCAGGAGCGCAUCCAGGCGCAGCUGCUCGCAUUCGCAGAGACACGCGCGCGCGCAUCCUCGUCGCAUCAAAUCGCCCACCACUUGGACGAUGACUUUCGAUAUCCUCCGGGCUACGAGCAUGGUGGCAGCGCGGAUGCGCGUGGACUGCUCGAGCAAAUCAAGAACCGCACAGCCCAGCCCAAGGCCAGCAACUUUCUGCAGAAGGCGAAGCAGGUGCAGCAGGCGCUGCUCGACAAGCAGCGGCGCUCGGCGGAUCUGCAAAAGGCACGGGACGACGCGUCGCUCAGAGAGAGCCUUCGCAGCUCCGGCUUCGGCGAUGAGAAUGCCAGUCGGGUCGAGCAGAGCCGUGUACCGUCGAGCGCAGCUGCCUUUGCGCGCGGCACCCAGCGCGCGCCAGAAGCUUCUGAUGCCGAAUCCGACCAAGACGACGCAGACGACUAUGAGCACCCUCUGUCCGACACGCACGUCAGGCGCGAUGAUGACCUUGCGCUCAUCGAGAGCCUGCGUCCAGGUCCACGCGCCAUCCCGCCGAACCCAGACGACCCCAAGUGGGAGGCGAUGGAGCCGUUCUCGGGCCACCGUCUACGCGAGCGUAAGCUCUCCCAUUCGCAGCUCAAGGAGCACCUGCGCGCGCGGUACCACAUCCCGCCCUCGCUGCUGUACUCGAUCGCACGGCCCAUCUCGGCGCACACCGGACACGGCAGGCAGGCCGACUGGAAAUCUGCGCGCAACGGCGACUUUGAGGUGCCUGUCGACGGAGAUUGGAUCGUGAUCGCGACGAUCGUCGAGAAGAGCGACCUGCUGCUGACCAAGGGGUUUGAUCCGAAUGCCAACGCGCCUCGCACGUCCCAUGGCAGACGCGAUGAGGUCGACGACGACCCUGUGCUGUUCAAGGACGCUGCGACCGGUGCGAAUGGCCGGCUGAGGCUCGAUCUGGAGCCGGGCAAUCCGAAUGCGUUUGCCGACCCAACAGCCGCGGCCAAGCCCUGGCAGCACAAGGGCACCGUGACCGAGGUGGACGAGGAGCUCGAUCGCCGCCGCGAGCAGCAGCGCCUCGCCAACCGUCCGCGCAAGUUUGUCGUGCUCAAGCUCGUGGAUCUCGGCGUGGACCGUGCGCAGGCGGACGGCAGCGGCAGCGCGGGGCGGGGCGACAACUAUCUGUCGCUCGUGGCGUACGAGGCGGACCAGGUGGACACGUCGAACGCAAACGGAGCGCGCAGCGAGGUCGCCGAGGUGCUGGCGCAGACAAAGUGGGUCAAUGGCUCGCGCGGUGCGUUUGAGCUGCUCUACCAGCAAGCCGAGGGCACGGUGGUGGCCAUCAUGAAUCCCAAGGUGCUCCGGCCGUUUGCGGUGGGCGCCAAGGGGGCGGCGGCGACCAAGAUGCUGCGCAUCUCUCCACGCUCCGCCGAAGACUGUCUGGUGAUCGGGCAAGCUGCCGACUACCGCCGCUGCUCAGCGAUGCGCGCCAAUGGUCAGCGCUGCGCGAGCUUUGUCGAUACCAAGGCGCGCAAGCAGACGCGCGCCACGGUAUGCGACUACCACCUCAGCCGCCACAUGGACGAGAUCUCGCGCGGGCGACCCGAAUUCGCCGCCAACGCCACCACGCGCUUCGGUGGGGCGAGCAGCGGUGCGGCCGAUGGGAACACCGUUGGGGCGACCAGCACGUAUGCCGCGCCGCGCAACAGUGAUUUCUUACAGGAGCUGUAUGCUCGCAAGCUCAACUCGUCGUUCGGCAACAUUGGCGAUGGAAUGUCGGGUAACGGUGGGCAAGUUUUCGUGUCCGAGUCUGCGGGUGAGGCCUCGGUGCGCGCAUCGGACCCAGGCAGUUGCAAGUACGCCGUGGCGGAGCGGUACGGUCGAGGCGUCACCGAGAAGCAGUCGCGCAUCAAAAAGCAGAUCGAGGAACAGCAGCUGAUGCGCAACAUCGAGGCGCGUUUUGCGCCCCGUCCUGCACCGAAAGCGCCCAAGGAAGCCGAACCCAAGCUGCGCGAUGAAGCGGUCCUACCAGUGCUGCCAAACGGUAGUGCGGACAUGAUCAAUGCGGCCUAUUCGACGCUCGAUGAGCGCAAGCGUACAGCGGCGCUGCAGCGGCAAGCGGCGGAUGCAAAGCGUCGCAAGUACACCGGCACCACUACCGCGGUGGAGACCGAGGUGCACGAAUCGAGACUGCGCUUUGCCCAGCCAACGCAAAGUGCGGGUGCAUUUCCCAUUGGGCCUAGUCGAGACCGCUCGCAGGGUGGGAGUUCGCGAACUGCGCUGCUGUCGCUGCUCAACAACCGCACACCCGCCGCGGCCGAACCGAGCCUAAAGCUCAAUCGUGCCCAUCGACCUAAGCUGCGCCGUCCUGUGGAGGAGGGCAAUGCAAAGUCCGACCUCACCGUCGUAGGUGGAGAACUGGUGCAUCUCCAGGAUCUGGAUGAUUGGGCAGACGAUCUCGACGACCUGCCAGCACAGUCCCAGCCUGCACCAGAUGCGGACGACGAUUCGGAUCUUGAGAUCGUAUGA